AUGGGUCAAAAACGAGGACACGACUCUAAAGCCCAGGCGCUCCAGACGAAAAAGCGCAAGAAGUCCACCAAGGCCGAUGCGUCGGAAGAUGAUUCUAAUGCGUUUGUCGGAGUUGAGGACCUCAACUGGAAGGAGGUUGCGCUCCCUGACCGCAUAGAGGAUGCAACUGGAUUCUUUGGCCUAGAGGAGAUUGACGGCGUGGAUAUCAUCAGAGGGCAGGGUGGCGGUGAGGUCCAAUUCAAGGCCAAGUCAGGAAAGCCCAGAAAAUCAAUUCUGAAAGCCCCCGAAGAAGGCGAUGAAGACGAGUGGGCUGGGUUCAGCGACGAAGACUCGACCGACAAGACUUCCAAGAAGACCUCCACGGCCGAUGCUAUCGAAGUGAAGGAAGAUAAGAAGCCCAAGAAGGAAAAGAAGAAGGCUGAUAAGAAGGUUGAUCAAAAUGCGGAUCAGAAGGACGAACAAAAGCCCAAGGGACAGAACGAAAAGAAAAAGCCCGAACAGAAGCCAAAGCAACAAAAGCCGAAGAAGGACCAGAGCAUGAAGGGCGCUCUCUCAUUCGAAGCACUCGAGGAAGACGAGGACGGAGAUAGCGUGGAUGUGUCGGCCUGGGAUGAGCUCAAUCUCUCACCUGAGAUCUACACGAGUCUUUCUAAGAUGAAGUUCAGCUCUCCGUCAGCCAUUCAGAAGGCCAGUAUCCCCGCUAUUAUGGAUGGCCACGAUGUUGUCGGAAAGGCCUCGACAGGUUCUGGAAAAACGUUGGCCUUCGGUAUUCCAAUCAUCGAGCACUACCUCGACAAGAGAGGGAAACAAGACAAGAAGGCCGAGAAGUCUGAUUCAACACCAAUCGCGUUGAUUCUCUCUCCUACCCGAGAAUUGGCGCAUCAGCUCGCAAAACACAUCGGGGAGCUCAAUGCCAACGCCCCCGACACCGAUGCCCGCAUUGCGCUCUUGACCGGUGGACUGUCUAUUCAGAAGCAGCAGAGACAACUCGCUGCGGCUGACAUUGUCGUCGGAACCCCGGGUCGAGUGUGGGAAAUCUUAAGCCAAGGACAGGGUCUCAUCCGCAAGAUGCAGAAGAUCAAGUUCCUAGUCGUUGACGAGGCCGACAGACUUCUCAGUGAGGGUCACUUCAAGGAAGUCGAAGAUAUCCUUGGCGCUCUUGACAAGCAUCAAGCUGGAGAUAUUAAAGACACGGAUGAGGAAGCCCAGGAGGAGGAGGAACCGUCAGAGAGACAGACUCUUGUUUUCUCUGCUACAUUCCACCGUGACCUUCAACAAAAGCUCGCAGGCAAAGGCCGUUGGACAAACGGUGAUAUGUUGGACAACAAGGAGUCUAUGGAGUACCUUCUGAAAAAGCUAAAUUUCCGCGAGGAGAAGCCCAAGUUCAUUGAUGUGAACCCGGUGGACCAGAUGGCCCAGGGUCUCAAGGAAGGAAUCGUUGAAUGUCCUGCUAUGGAGAAGGAUCUUUACCUAUACUCAGUGCUUCUAUACUAUCCCAAGCACCGGACAAUUGUAUUCACUAACUCCAUCUCGGCUGUCCGUCGCAUUACCCAGCUCUUGCAAGCUCUUCAACUCCCUGCAUUUGCCCUCCACUCUUCCAUGGCCCAAAAAGCCCGGCUUCGUUCCGUCGAGCGAUUCUCAUCACCCACCGCGGACCCAAGCUCAAUCCUUGUCGCCACCGACGUCGCAGCCCGUGGUCUCGACAUCAAGGGAAUUGACAGUGUCAUUCAUUACCAUGUCCCACGCGCAGCAGACAUGUACGUCCACCGGUCCGGUCGUACCGCUCGUGCUGGUGCCUCUGGAAAGAGUAUCCUGAUUUGUGCCCCCGAAGAGGUUGUCGGCGUCGCCCGUCUUGCCGCUAAGAUAAACGCCAAGAAGCACAAGGCUGAAGGUGAUGCACCUUCGAAGAAACUCCCUCUCGAGUCUCUCGAUAUCGAUCGUCGGGUCGUUGCCCGCCUUCGUCCCCGCAUCAAUCUCGCCAAGAAAAUCACCGACACAACCAUCGCCAAAGAGAAGAUCAACACAGAGGACAACUGGCUUCGCGCUGCCGCUGAUGAUCUCGGUGUGGAAUACGACAGUGACGAGUUCGAUCAGUCUCAGGGUCAAGGCCGCGGCCGUGGCGGUGGCCGCCAUAGGCGUGAGAAAGAGGCUAGCGGUAUGACCAAGGGGGAGAUGGCCGGGCUCCGCGCAGAGCUGAAGCAGCUGCUUUCUGAGCGUGUCAACAUCGGUGUUAGUGAGAAGUAUCUUACUUCCGGUCGCAUUGAUGUCGAGGCUCUGCUCCGUGGUGAGGGUAAUAAAGCCUUCCUGGGACACCUUGACCCGCUCACCUUCUGA